AUGUCAAUCCAACUUCCAGGAUCGGUCCUGAGCAGAACUCUGCGCAGCCGACUGAUCCAGCAACGACUAGCGAACACUGGCGCAUACCGCCUAGGUCGCAGCCUACCCCCGAGCGCGUCGCGGUCGUAUUCCACCGAAGCCACCGAAGAUACACUCGCCGAUCAUGAGCAAGAGACCUCCCUCAAACUUCCGCCGAAGGUAGAGACCAAUGCCAGCCCCGAGCCCUGGAAAGGCCACAAGGAACACUUUGCGAGUAACAGGAAUUCUAAUGGAGGCAUGUCCUGGAGCCAAAGUGCGUCCAAGGCAGAAAGGGCUUCAUUGAUGGCGAUUGCCUCCAACUCAAAACUCGACGGCGAAGACCCGACCUCCCGCAAGACUCUUGAAUUGGAGUUGAAAUGGCUCGCAGACCCUCGUGCUCUGGCGGACCGGGUGGCACGUAUCCUGCAAAGCGGUGAUGUGGCAAAAGCGGCCGCGCUGGUCCGGCAGGCACAGAGGGAGGGACUGAGCUGCGGUGUUGCUUGGAAUAAUUUGCUUCAAUACUUCAUGGACCGACAAUGCUCCAAAGCGGCAUUCAAGCUUUAUAACGAUAUGAAAAAACGAGGCCGCGCACCGAACUCGAGGACGUACACGAUCAUGUUGACGGGCUUCCGCAAAGCCGCGGAGGGUACGCCAAACGUAGUCCAGGAUGCGCUCCGAGUCUAUCGUUCAAUCUUCGCCGAGAACUCCCCAGUCAAGCCCGACAUCAUUCAUACCAACGCGAUGCUUUCGGUCUGUCAGCGACACGGUGAUAUGGAUACGUUAUGGCGCAUUGCCGGUGAGCUGCCAGAAGAAGGACCACAGUCACCCGAUAUGGUGACCUACAGUACUAUCUUGACGGCCAUUCAGUUCGCAGCCCAAAACGACAUCCUGAAAAUGGAUCGCUCCGAGAUUGAAAAAAUCGUUGCGCGAAAAUCACAGAUGGUUACAGAGGGCAAGCGAAUUUGGGCCGAUGUUGUCUAUCGCUGGGCAAAGGACAAGGUAAAUCCCUUGCCUAUCGAUAACAACGUGGUAGGCUCCAUGGCCAGUCUGCUUCUUCAGGGUGCCAAUGAUCGUGAUUUCUACGACAUAUUUGCACUCUAUAAUCAAGCCACAGGAACUCCCAUCUUUGGAAAGCUCCCAGAGAAUAACGUCAAGAUCGCGCAUCGAAGGGUCUGGCGAGAGCUCGAACGAAGACCCAAGACAGCACCGGGCUCGAGUGUGGAAGACGAUGUUCCAUUUGUCGAUCAGGAUAACAAUUUGUUGAAACGGGCCAAAAAAGAGGCUCCCGUCGAGGAAGAGGAGGAGGAAAAAUUUGAUUCCCUCUUCGAUCCAAUGGUACCAGGCUCCGAGAACCUUUCUUACCUCCAACCUAACAACAAGGAUCUUACCAUGAUCUUGGAGGCAUGUUUCAAAUUGACUCAAGGUGCCUCCACUGGUUCUGUUUACUGGGAUCACUUGACCAAACCAGAAAAUCCAACCCGUAUCGAGCCUGACAAUCUUUCUUACAUGGAGUACUUCCGUCUGCUCCGUCUCACGCGGUCCAGCCACACUGCUACUCGUGUCAUGCGCGAGCAAAUGGUCCCUGCGGGACGGGCCAAGGGAAAGGCAUUCCAUGUUGCUCUGUCAUGCUGUCGCCGGGACCGCAAGAACCGCAAAGUUCUCUUGCAUGCGAACGAGCUCCUCGAUUUGAUGAAUGAAUCGUGUCUUCUUCCCGAUCCUCGCUCACUAGGAAACUACCUGGAAUUGGUCCAAAGGCUCUGCGACAACCCACAUAGUCUCAUGUACCUUCUAGGACUGGACAUGGAUACAGGACGCGACACUCGCACUUUGCAAACCUUAGGCAAGAAGCUGCAAACCAAGCUACGUCUAUGUGCCCUCGCCACUCUUCGACCUCACAUCGCCAAGCUUCAUGAGGCCAUGGAGAACGGACAAUCUGGCGCUGCCCGUAAGGGUCGUUGGGAUACCGAUCUCGGUGAGCUGGCCAUGGGCGAGGAUUGUGCCAGAAUCAUGGCUUGGGUGCGCCUGAUCACCGAUGAGACGUUGAAGACCGAAUUUGCGCUCUUUGUGACCAAAGAAGAGCGUAAAAUUCUCCAAUCGGAGUCGAACAUGCUGAAGAAGUACUCCGACCAGGCGACGAUUCAGAAACUUACCGGAAAGCCUGUCAAGCCCACGGUUGAGCAGCGGAAUGAGUUCAAGCUCCGACAAUUGGAACUAAGAGGCCCACCCAAGUCUGAAAAGAGGGUGUCUGAGACUCUUCAAGAACAGGUGGCAGAGCAGCCUGAAGAGCAAGCGACAAACUAUGCUACCGAAGAGGUGGCUCGCCCAACCGAAGAACAAGUGGCCGAGCAGGCCCAAGAGAAGCCCCAAGAACAGGCUGCCGAGGAGCCCCAGGGGACUGAGAAGCCCACCCACGAGGUGGCAGAACUCCGCAAGGAGCAGCCGGCAAUCCAGUCCGAGGAGGUGGCAGGUCACGCCCAGGAACAAGCGGAGCCUGCCUCGCCGCUAGGAGAAACCAAGUCUUAA